UUUUCGUCAUUUUCUCCAAAAUAUAGAGAAAGAACCCAAAAACAAUGGCGGCGUCGGGAAGACGAUGCCACUACGAGGUGCUGGGACUCCAGCAGGAAUGCACGCCCGACGAGAUCCGAUCGGCUUACAGGAAGAUGGCUUUGCAGCUGCACCCGGACAAGCUCGUCCAGUCCGGCUUAUCCCAAGCCGAAGCCACAGCUAAGUUCCAGGAGCUGGUUCAGGCAUAUGAGGUCCUCUCCGACUCCAAAGAGCGUGCCUGGUACGAUUCUCACCGUUCGCAGAUUCUCUUUGCCGAUCCCAACUCGGCCAGCUCUGUCCCCGACUCGGUAAUCCCGAACCUUUUCUCCUUUUUCUCCAACACCGUUUAUUCCGGCUACUCCGAUAAGGGAAAGGGUUUUUACAAGGUUUACUCCGAUGUGUUCAAUAAGCUAUACGCCAAUGAGAUUAGCUUCGUCACUAGGCUAGGGUUGAGUUCGGAUUUGGUGCGGGAGGCUCCGGCCAUGGGGAAUUUGGAUUCUCCGUACGCUCAGGUGACGGCGUUUUAUGGGUAUUGGUUAGGGUUUUCGACGGUGUUGGAUUUUUUCUGGGUUGAUCAAUAUGAUGCUAUGGCUGGUCCGAAUCGGAAAUCGAGGAGGGUGAUGGAGGAGGAGAACAAGAAACUAAGGAAGAAGGGGAAGCGUGAGUAUAAUGAUACGGUGAGGGGCUUGGCAGAGUUUGUGAAGAAGAGGGAUAAGAGAGUUAUUGAUAUGACGAGGAAAAGGAAUGUGGAGAUGGAGAAGAAGAGGGAGGAGGAGAAAGAGAGGAAGAAGAGAUUGGAGAGAGAGAAGUUAGAGAGGGCUAUGGCCUAUGAGGAGCCGGAGUGGGCUAGAAUUGCCGAGGAGGACGAAGAUGAGGAUGAAGUGGAUCAAAAAGGCUUUGAAGAAGUAGACGAGAAAAAGAAAAAGACUGAGGGAGAGGAAUUGUAUUGUUUGAUGUGCGGGAAGAAGUUUAAGAGUGAGAAACAAUGGAAGAAUCAUGAGCAAUCGAAGAAACAUCGCGACAAGGUUGCUGAGUUUAGGGAUUCUAUUGAGGAUGAAGACAUUGUGGAGGUUGAAGGUGGGGAGAAAGAUUUGGUGGAUAAUGGAGUUGAUGAAUUAGUCGAGCAGUUGAGAGAUGAGGUUCGGAUUGGAGAGGAAGAGACCCAAGUCAGUGAUAGGAGUGAUGAGUUUUAUGAUGUUGAUAAUGCAAAUAGGUCCACAGAGUUUGAGGAGAAAGCUGGCAUUCACAAGUUAGAUGAUGAUGGCAACGAUGAAGAAAAAGAAAAUGGAGAAGAUGAAAUAGGUACUCUUGCAGCAAUGUUAGGUGGACGCAAGAAUAGGAGAAAUGGUUUUUUGAGGCGGGAGCCGGAUGAAACAUCUUCAACCAAAGCUCAUGUUGAAAACAACAGUGAUGAGUUUGAGUUUAUGGACUACAACAAGACGAAGAACACAAGAAGGAAACGUGGAGCAAGAAAAGAGAGGAGUAAGAAGAUAGGCGAAGAGAUUGAGAGGGAUGUAACCAACGAUGAUGGUCAGAGUAAGGAAAGUGGUGGGGACGACAAUUUGCAGGCAGAGGAGUCACCUUCUCAUUCUGUUGUGGAAAAUGGAAUUAACGGUAAAGAAGAUGAUAAUGACUGUUCGUUAGUAGAAAAUAAGAAGAGUGGAAGUAAGCGUCAAGAUAGAAAAGGAAAUGACACUAAUACUAAAUCCAAGAACUCGUCCAAAGGAAAGAAUGCCAAGAUCAGGCUGCAAUAAAGCAUUCCAGUAAUACAUGUGAAAAAUGUGGAGAAGAUUUUGAAUCAAAGAAUAAAUUACACAUGCAUUUGAGUGACAGCGGACAUGCUUCAAUAAAAUAUCGAUGAGAAGACAGGUGCCGAUUCUAUGUAUUAUAGAUAAAUCUGAAGUGAGGAAAUUUAUACAUAAUUUAUAUCUCUGAUUCUAAUGGUAGUAUCCAACUAGUUGUAAUCCCCCCAAAAUGAUUCAUCCAUUUUUUAAUAAGAAUUUUGAACGAUUCUAACAAUUUUGUACUGCCGAUUUGAGCUCCUUAUUAGUAAAAGGUUCUUUCUUUCAAA